GUUUACACUUUACCAUAGCCUACUUAAUAAAACCUAUUUACACUUUAAAUGUUUACAUGAAAUGGUUUUAAGACUGCAGUACUGUUGGAGCCUUGUUCAAGAGGGGACAUCGUCUCAAACAGCGUUGAAGUAUGUGUAUAAGCCCACGACAGGUCCUGCAAGUGUAUGCACGCACGGGGACGAGAGCAUUUCGCACUGCAGCCGUUGCUCUGAGGCGAGAUGCAGCAACACCUAGCAGUUCUGAUGCGUUUCAGGAACGUUUGUUCAAUGUAGAUGAUGUAGCGGAGCGACGCAAAGAGAACCAGCAGUUGUAUCCUCCGCGAGAGGUGUUAAAGGCCAUGCUGCCAGACAUGGGCCUGGUUGGGGCAGUGCAGUGGCAAUCGUAUUGGGACGGCGUCUAUGGCAAAAUACAGGAUGUGCCUCUGGACGUUGAGCGGUUGGAGAAGAAGUUUGUGGAGACAGUGUCACCCGAUUGCACUGUGUGGCUGUUCGGCCGGGCGGGUCUUCAUGACACAUACCGUUCCAACAUGGACGAUUUCAACCGCUGGAAGAUUGUGCCCCGCAUGCUCACCGGUGUCACAGCCGCCGACCUGACCACACGCUUCACUAUGAUGGGCAAGUCCUUCACCAUGGCAACGCCCCUGUCCGUUGCACCCGUGGGGGUACAGGCACGGGUGACAUAUCCAGACAUGACCGGUGACUUGUACACAGCAGCAGCUGCGGCCGAGAUUGGGGUGCCGUUUGUGAUUAGCACAGUCAGCUCACAACCUAUUGAGAAGAUUGUGGAGACGGUCACGAACACCAACAUACUUGCGCCAAAGCCAUGGUUCCAGCUGUACAAUUCCAGUGUGACUGCACUGUCUGUGAGUUACCUGAAACGCGCCAAGGCCGCGGGAUGCGAGGCUAUUGUAUUGACCUUAGACACCACUAAGUACGGCUACAGAACAGAGGAGCUAGACGCAGGAUACUUCCCACAGGCGGAUGUGCGCAUACCUUGGGGACAAGGCAGAUCAGACCCGACUUUCAAUGGGAUUAUGAAAGGCCAGUUCAACAGCGUAGCCAGUGAACAGUUCAGUGACGACGGCAAGUACGAAGUCAGUGCACUCAAGACCAACAUGCUCACCUUAGCAACGGUGGGGGUGAGUGCAGGAGAUGUGUGGGAUAAGGAGAAGGUCCCCGAACCAGUAGACAAGCCGCAUCAGUCAAUUGAUUGGAUGGUGGACUUUGUACAGGGUGAACUUGAUCUGCCGCUGGUGCUGAAGGGCAUUCAACACCCAGACGACGCGCGUAUGGCAGUGCGCAAAGGGGUGUCUGGUCUGGUGGUGAGUAACCAUGGCGGCCGACAGGCGGAUGGCUGCAUCUCCACCAUCGCUGCAUUGCCUGCAGUCAUCGCAGCCGUGCGGGACGAAGCAAAGGCCCUGGGCAAAGACCCAAUUCCAGUAUUUGUGGACAGCGGGUUCCGGUGUGGUGCACACAUCCUCAAGGCCCUUGCGCUCGGGGCAACGGGUGUGUGGGUGGGGCGUAUUCCCAUGAUGGGUACAGCCGUGGGUGGUCAGGACGGUGCUAAGCGUGUGUUGCAAGGGCUGCUGUGUGACUUGGACUGUACCAUGGUCAACGCAGGCAUCGCCGAUGUGCACAACAUCAAGAGCGAUACGCUUGUGGAGGACCGAUAAGUGGCAGAUGGUUGGGCACGAGAGGGUCGUGUUGGGCCCACACGUUAGUGGCAUAGUUGCUUCUACACCACGUUAGUGGCAUAGUUUUAUCUACACAGAGAGAUAAUGGGGUUGGUAUGGGACACGGCUGUGUGUGGUUGCCAGUAGACCACACGUAAGUAUAUACAGCGAGGCAGAACAGGACAGGACAAAAAGCACUGAGAGUGACACAGACCAAGGUGCUGUGGGUGCUCCAGGAUACCUAGCCAGUAGAAUAGUACUAGAACAUAUCAAUUAAAGGCCGUGUACCUAGAUAUGACUACAUACACAUGCGUCGAUCAGUGUUUGAAAUGCAUUUGAAAUGGGUACUACGGAGUGUAUGUGCGAAUGCCGACGUCAAUCUCGCGG